GGUUUGGAAAAGCGCGCCUUACUUAAUUUUACCAGAGACCUAUACUAUAUACUAUAUAGGUCUCUGAUUUUACCUAGGGAAAAAUUGUGUUGACAAGGAAAUGAAGUGGUACAGAUGCCAGCCUGCUCCUAUGAUCUAACUAAUCAGGGAUGGCAGAAGCCAGCAGUGGUGGUUCCAGUGUUGUCACUAAAAAUGGAUUCAAAUUCAAGAGAACUGGCAAAGAAAAUAAAACUGGGUCCAGUCUGGAUGUCCAUACUCGGAUGCAAAAUGAGCAGUCUCCAUACUCCAGUCUCUCCACCCCAGUAACAAAUACAAAAUCUUCAACGACAGUCAUUUCUGCAACAAAGACCAAUGUCAAACCCUCAAGCACAUCUACUCCUGUACAGCCAAUCUGUGUGGAUGAGUUUGAGGAUGAUAAUGACUGGCUUACUACACGACCUUUUCCUAACACCGUCAAAACUACAUCUAAAUUUGUUCCCAAAACAUCCAAGUUGGCUGGGAAGCAGAUGUCAAUCACUGCAUUCACUGGUAAUGAUGUCAAACUUUCAAAACCUGUUGCCACUGUAGCUCCACACAGUGUGCCUGGACAGACAGAAGAAUCAAAAUCAAAAUCUGAUAAGUUGUCAGUCAAAAGUGGCAUGAGUAAGGUUCCAGGGCGACUUCUGUACACAGAGAAUAAAACUGGAAAGCGGACAGAUGAAGAUGAUGAUGGAGAUGACGAUGACCUCUUUGGUCCCUCGUUUGCUGAGCCAAGAUCUCCAAAAGAGUUGAAUGUGUCACACAACACUUUAGAUUCAUCAGAAUCUGGCACAUCCAAUACACAUAGGAAAUACACUAAACCUGUUGUUUCUAAUGCAAGUAGAAGUAUCCUUUCAACUGGUGACAACGAUGAUUUAUCAGACUUCUCGUCAGUUUCUCCAAUCAUAAAACCAAAAACUUUUUUGUCCCUGAAGCGAAGUAAGCCUUUCAGUGGUAAAAAUGAUCAAAAUGGCAGUGCCCAAUCCAAGGGAAAUAGGACAACUCAGGAGACAGAUAUUACAGAUGGAAAUGAAGACGGGCAGAUUCAACGACAGAAACGAAGACGAACAGAGACAUUUCCAGCGAACGAUGACGAGAAUCCAAACUGUUCAUCCUCUGUAGUUCUAAGCACAUCAAACAGGUCUUCAGGUGACAUAUCCCAACCACCAGGCUUCUGUAUAUCAGGUGGCCUUAGACUAGGUGGUAAUGAUGAGGAUAAACCUGACCCUUUACUACACCCACUACUGAAGAAACCAGCAGCACAGCUGAAUCAUGAGGAUGUUGUGGAGCUAAGAACUGUGUUACUGCAUAUCAUGGAUGAGAUCUGUGACAUCAUCUGUAAAGUCAGCACAGAUGAUCUAAUGGUCAUUGCUUGGCAGAACUAUGAGCGACUACAGAAACUUCUUACAUUCAGGAAGAGCAUUAAAAACAAGGCUGAUUGUUUCUCCUCUUCUGUUGAGAGUACAUCUGUCAAACAAAAGUGUAUGGCCAGGGCCCCUUCCCUGUCAAUCUGUUCCUCUCGGCCACUACCACAAGAAAACUUGUCCCCAACUAGCACCUCUACACCUCUCCGGGUCCAGAGGAUGGAUUCUACAACUCCAGGGGAUGAGGCUAAUCAACCCACUGACAAGAGUUUUAAAAGAAUGUCAAACGGUUCUGUGAGCGCUUUUAGCUCUCCUAUACCUUGUGGAGAAAGUUUUUUUGAGGAUGAUGCUAAACUUACCCAGUCUCAUGCAAACUUUAUGGCUAACUUUAAUCGCAAGUCGCCAGGUUCGGUGUCCACAUUCAGUAGAAGUACCUCAGUGGCUCCCUCUCCACCUGUCAUGAGUCUGAGUAAGAGUCUAGGGAACCGAUCCAGUCCUGUAGACUCCAGCUUCUCAACGGUGAUGGAAGAACAAGGAUCCACAACCAACUUCAACUUUAAUUUCAAGAUAGCACAGAAUGAGGGACCUAGUUCAGUAAGGAGAUCGGAUCACAAUGGAACCUCCUCAACAGCUCAGCAGUCUGGUCAUAACGACAUGUUUAUUGAUAUUGAUGACUUUGAAUUUGAUGAUGAUGAUGAAAAUGGAGAAUCUGAUAUGCCCUCUCUUAACCAUACCCCCAGACGUAACCUACAGACAGGGGCUGGUAAUGGUGCUAAAAGUGAAAACAGGAGUUUCCAGUCUUCCAGUUACCCAGUUACCAGACCAAGUAGCUGUCAAAAGCAGCCUGAGGAUCCCAACAAACAAUUUGAUGGAUAUGGAUUUUCCCACAGCAAGGAUAUGAUGAAAGCAUUCACAUCUGUGUUUGGCCUGCAUAACUUCCGACACCAUCAGCUGCAGGCCAUCAAUGCUUCUCUGUUAGGCAACGAUUGCUUCAUCCUUAUGCCUACAGGUGGUGGAAAGAGUCUUUGUUACCAGCUGCCAGCACUUGUGUCUGGAGGCGUGUCCAUUGUGGUGUCCCCUCUCCGAGCUCUCAUUCAGGAUCAGGUACAGAGAUUGAAUGCAAUGAUGAUUCCAGCCGCACAGUUAUCUUCUGAUCAAAAUAAAACACAGGCCGACUUCAUUUACACUAAACUGUCAUACCGGAAACCAGAAAUUACCCUCCUGUACGUCACCCCAGAAAAGAUAUCGGCCAGUGACAAGCUGAACAACUGUUUAGACAACCUGUACCGCAGGAAGAUCUUGUCCCGAUUUGUCAUUGACGAGGCUCAUUGUGUCAGUCAGUGGGGCCAUGAUUUCCGACCGGAUUAUAAGAAACUGAACAUCUUGCGUGAACGAUACCCUGAGGUUCCAAUGAUGGCACUGACAGCAACUGCCACUCCAAGGGUCAGGAAAGACAUUCUUCAUCAGCUGAAGAUGAAUGAUACUAAAUGGUUUGUGCAAAGUUUCAAUCGACCAAAUCUUCGACUGUCAGUGGAACCUAAGAAACCCUCAACAUUGACAGCUGAUAUCAUUAAAUUGAUCAAGGAGAGGUUCUCAGGAAAGUGUGGCAUUGUGUACUGUCUGUCGAGAAAAGAAUGUGACAGUACAGCUCAAGACCUUAGUAAGGUCGGUAUUCAGGCUGUUUCCUACCACGCUGGCCUCGGGGAUGGUGAGAGAAUCAGCAUACAAGAAAAGUGGCUCAACGGUACCAUAUGUAAGGUGAUUUGUGCCACUAUAGCGUUUGGUAUGGGAAUAGACAAGGCAGAUGUCCGCUUUGUGAUUCACUACUCACUGCCUAAGUCUAUGGAGGGGUACUACCAGGAGGCUGGGCGGGCUGGCAGAGACGGACAACUGGCCUAUUGUCUCCUGUACUAUACCUAUCAGGAUGUGAAACGUCUACGGCGCAUGUUAGAAUUGGACCAGAAUGCAACUUAUGAUUCAAAGAAAGUACACAUUGAUAAUCUGUUUCGAAUGGUACAGUACUGUGAGAAUGUGACUGACUGUCGUCGGGCCCAGCUUCUGAAUUACCUGGGAGAGCACAACUUUGACAGAAGUGGAUGUGGCAGCUUCAGAGGGUCGAUGUGUGACAAUUGUGCCUCGAAGGACAUAUUCCAGCUCCGAAAUGUUACUGAUGAUGUCAAGGAGAUUAUCAAAUGUGUGAGAUCUAUCACCAGCUCUGGGGGAAGGCGUGGCUCAGACUUCACACUUCUUCACUUUGUGGAGAUCUACAGAGGUUCAAGCAACAGUAAAAUCAAAGAAUUCAGCCAUGACAGGUUGCCUCUUCAUGGGCGAGGCAAAAGCUACAGUCGCCACGAUGCUGAGAGGCUGCUGCGUAAGUUAGUGAUAGAAGGGAUUCUGAUGGAGGACCUACAGAUAACAGCCAUGGAUCACACAGCCUGCUACAUCAAGAUAGGACGGGCUGCCAAUGACGUCAUGAUGGGAAACAAGAAGAUAGAGUUACAGGUCCAGGGUAACCGGUCAAGGAGUGAAGCCACAAAGAUCGGUCGGGAUACAGUGUCCAAGCGUGACCAACUUGUUGAGGAGUGUUACACAAAACUACUGGAACUCGCAAAGGAAAUUGCCCAAGAGCAUGGCUUCAAAAAUGUGGACCGAUUAUUCCCCUUGGCUAUGCUGCGCCAGUUGGCAGAAGAAACUCCUCUUACUGUUGAUGAAAUGACAAGUAAAAUAGACAAUUUGACGGCAUAUAAGGUGACCACGUACGGGGCUCAUCGCUUCUUGGAUAUCACCACUACCUACUGUGUCCUAAUGUCCUCUGCAGCUGAGAGUGAGACAGCCCAAUCUGGAGCCAACAACACUUCCACUGGACCUGACCCAGACUGGGAGUCGCCGUAUUUUGGGGAGGAAGAAACCAGUUCUGUUGGAUUCAAGAAGAGAGGGAGAGGCAGAGGAAGGGGAGGCUUCAAGAAGAAAUUUGGAGGCAAAAAGAAAAGAGGAUCAGGAAAGGCAACUGGGAACAAGAGUUACGGGAAUUCUGAGAACAGAGGAGGAUUCAGUCAGUACAGCUAUCCGAAUACAUCAGGAUCAUCCAAGCUUGCAAGGGGAGGUAAAUCUGGUGGACAGGGUUCCCGCGGGAGAGGAAACACACUGGGCUUUCUGCCUGUACCCACACCCAAGCAGCGCUCCUUCCUUGGUGGAUCUGGAGGGAUCCUACUUUGGAUGACACUUGUGUACCUCCAAAGGAAAGCAUUAUUAGAGUUAUGAUAUCCUUAAAGGACCUCUUCGCUUGUUUCUACAAUACUUUUUAUGAAAGAAAUAUCCAACAUUGAAAGGAUUUCCUUGAAUUAUGGAACAUUGUGAACUGAGGCCUGCAUUCAUAUUGAAGAAACAUUCUGUAGCUGCGGUUCUUAUUUUAAAGUCAAGAAUUGUUCCUGUCAAAGCCACUGUGUUUAGGAAAAUAUGUUCGUUGUUGUGUAGUUGUGUAAGUUAUUAUAAAUAGGUCGGAAUGUGAGUGCAUAUAUGUAUGUUUCAAUGGUUUUAUUUAGAUAAUUGGCUUGGAGAACCAAGUUUUUUGGUGUUAAUUUAGAAUUUUGAGUUGAAUUAACCACUGUAUCCUUUUCUUAAUAGACAUUUGUAGCGUUGAAAAGUUCUGGUAAACUUAACUCCUAAUGAAAUGUGAAGAAUAGAUAGUACAUGGGCAAUGUGAUAUAUGCUUGUGUGUUUAGAAGUAGAUAUCAAUUAUACUACCUCAGUUUCACAACUAGGUUACUUCUAUGAUUCACAUUUUUCACGUUAUGUGCUACUGAAUUAAAUGUUAUAAAUUGAUUAAAUACAUAUACAUAAUUCAA